CAAGUUGCAAAUUAUUAUUUACCGGAGAUAAAAAUCCUAUUUUUUAUUUAAAAAUACCUUCACACACACACACACACCGUCCAAAAUGGAUGGCGAAAAGGAAAAAGUUGAUGACACCGCCAUCGAGUCCGCACGAUUCGCCGCCGGGGACUGGGCGGAGUUGACUCAGGAGUGUCUCAUCAACGUCCUAUCCCGCCUCUCCCUGGAGGACCGAUGGCGUGGCGCCAUGCGCGUCUGCAAGGCGUGGCGUCAGGCCUGCGAGGAUCCGUAUCUCAACUCGGUGCUCGACCUCGAGUCUCACUUCGACUCGGCUUCCGAGUUGCCUCGCUUCUGGACCGCUGAAUUCGAGCGCAGGGUCGAUAAUAUGAUCAGAUCCGUCGCCGUCUGGGGCGCGGGCAGUCUUACCGAGAUCCGCGUUAGGCACUGCUCCGAUCGAUCGCUCUCGCUGGUCGCUGAAAGGUGCCCAAAUCUUAAAGUUCUUUCCAUAAAGAGCAGCCCUCACGUCACAGAUGCAAUUAUGACCAAUAUAGCUUCCGGGUGCCCCAAGCUUAGGGAAGUCGACACCAGCUACUCUUACGAAAUAUCCCACAAAUCUAUAGCUCUCAUAGGAUCUCACUGUCCUGAUCUGACAAUACUAAAGCGUAAUCUAAUGAACUGGUUGGACCCUUCAGAACAUAUGAGAAUUGUACCUGCUGAGUACCUUGAUGCCUGUCCUCAAGAUGGAGAUUCUGAAGCUGCUGCCAUUGCAAAAUAUAUGCCUAAUCUUGUACGUCUUGAGCUUCGCUUUUUAAAGUUGACUGCAAAAGGCCUCACUUUGAUCUCAGAAGGGUGUCAGAAUCUGGAGUACGUUGAUUUAUCUGGAUGCGUUAAUCUAGGCAGUCGGGAUAUCACGAAUGCAAUUUCAAAUUUGAAGAAUCUGAAAGAUAUUAAGAAGCCCAACUUUUACUUCCCGAGGUCGAGUUUGCAUGCCGAGAGAUAUGGUCACUGGAGAUUGUACGAUGAGAGGUUCCAGACAGACGUAUUUAGGAUUUGAGUUGAUGGGAAGAAAGAUAUUUAUCAAGAUAUUUGUUCGUUUCAACUGGGAGUUUCUGUUUUACAGUUCGAUGUAUAUAAUUUUAUGGGGUUCUAUUUGGAACUCAGGUUGUGGGUUACUGUUUGUAUUGGGAAAACCUUGCAGAACUUAUGUUUUCUUGUCAUGUUUCUUGAUGUAUUUGCCUUUCGGUUUCGGUUGUAUGAAUGUUUAUGGGAAUAGAAGACUUGUUAUUGUUUCCAGAUAAGUAGAUCG